AUGCAAAUUCCUACGCAAAACACAGGCCACUCACUGUGUCAGCACACUGGCAGCGAGGAGAAGGUAGCUCACAACGGGAAGGUGGAAAUUACCAUAGUGAGGAGGCCACUGUACCCUGAGAUAAUGUUGCUUGGUAACAGGGAAAGGUUCAGUUCGUGCUUCCUGACACUUCCUACAAUAUUCUUGUUCCACCUGAGCGAGUCUUUCAUUUAUUUAGAAGACUACGACACUGGAAAACCUGAAUCAAAGCAGUCCAGUGUUAGACAGCAGGCGGGAGAAUCCCUCCACGCACGCUUCCGCUCUUCCGUGACGCCAGCGCGUAGCUGGGAUAGCGUGCGUGACGGCGCGACCAGGAUUCGUGCGUCCCGGCGUCAGCGCGCAGGGAAACGGCCGUGCCCACGGCACGUGACCAUGAGUGGAGGGCCGAACUGGAGGCGGGACCUCGCUAAUCGGCGAGGCAAAGGCGUCAAGUUUUACCCAGCUAGCAACGAAGAGGCCGCCGCCAUCACACACUCCGGGGUGGGGGGAGGGGGAAGCAGUUGUGGGCGGCGGCUGGAGACGGCGCGGCGCAUGCUCGGAGUUUCCCGCCGCUGGUGGUGCGUGCGCACGGUGGAUGUCGGUUGUUACGCGGCCAUGAGGAGCUCGGAGGCUGGUACAGCGCUCCGACUGGCGGCACUGGCGAUGGUGCUUUCCGCCAGGCCAGGGGAGCCUUAUGUAAGGAUAUCUGAAACAGGAAGCCUUAUACUGAGAUCCUUUGACAAGUUUAUGUCAGGAGAUUAUACAUGCACAGUUUCCUACAAGGAUGUGGAGAAGAACAAGGAACUAUUCCUUGAUAUGAAGUUCUCAGUGUAUGGCUAUCGUGAACCUGAUUAUUCAUUCAAGUUUUCGACUCGUUAUCACACUCAUGAAUGCCAUGACCUUUCGAAUAGCCGUUUUUUUCGUAAGUUCAAGUCAGUGGAGAAGGAGCUAAUUGCUGACCUGACCUGCAGACUAACUGAUGUAGAAAUGAAAUGCCAUGUUGUCAGAGUGCCACACAAAGGUCUAAUAACUGAACUCUUCAUUACAUUUAAAGUGGAUCCUUUCGGCUAUGGUUGGGAAGAAGUUUGUAGAAAAUUCAUACAUGACUGUGAGGAUGAAACCAACAGGAGAGUCGAAAAGGCCCGAAAUCGUAUUGAAGCUUUCUUCAAGAAGCAGAGGAUUGCAUUGGACAAAAUGAAGGAUGACAUGCCCACCUUCUAUUACAUCGCAAAUUCUCUGAAAAUAGACCGAGUGGAUCAUUGUCGCCCAGGUUUUGGAAAAAAUAAGCUAACCCACUUGGAUUGUUCUGAAUGCUGUGUGGUUUGUGAUCACGGAAUGUACAAUCCCAACAAUGAUGUGUUCUGUAGACCCUGCACCAGUGUCAAGAUCAAUUACUAUGGAGCAACUGCCUGCUAACUAGAGCCAUCUCUUGUCAUAUUAUAUUCAUCUCGACAAUAAGGUGUUGCUCUCUAAACAAAAACAAAAACAAUUUCACCUGCUAAGCGCAAG